AUGAGAGAGGUUGGUUGUUUUGUGGUUGAUUUUAUUCAGGGAAAAGGUCAACGAUCCGGACCUUCCCCUUUUGCUGCAAAAAUUUUUCAACAUAUAUUGCCCUGUUUGAUUCCUGCUCCGAUGAAAAUCAACAUCCGAUUAUCAUCCAAUACGAUUGAUGAAUAUCCAGAAAGUCGAGAACGCCACAGGGUAUUUAAGAUGGCGGUAUUGGUAGCAGAUAGUAUGAUCCAGGGAAAAUGA